AGGAUAUCGGUUCCUGCCGUAUUCUACUGGGCGUCCAACACGUUAUUGUACGUGGCCAUUUCCAAUCUCUCCGUCCCGAUAUUCCAACUUAUGGCUCAAACCAAGCUUGUAGUCACGGCAGUCGUGAGCGUCCUGGUUUUGGGGCGUCAUUACUCGUAUCGGCAAUGGGCGUGUCUGGUCAUCAUUUCCAUUAGCGUAGCCCUCGUCACACUCGAGGAAAAGAAAGCCAUCGAUACUCCAACAACAAGUAAUGCCCACAUAUUCUUCGCGGAAAGCAACGAGCCAUUAAUCAUCGGUCUCGUUGCCGUGACUCUUUCCUGCCUGAUGAGUGCUUUCGCGGGAGUCUAUUUCGAAAAAAUUCUCA